CUCUGCAAAGUCAGGAUUUGGAACUGGUGCUCUGAGUUUAAUUGAAUAUGUUUCAGUUUGAGCAUUUAAUAGAAAAAGCAAUGGGUACUUGUGGAACAGAGAGUGCAAUAAGUACAUAUCUCCUUAAGGAAAGUAUGAAAGAGAUUGGAUAAAUUGUGUGUGACAGGGAGGUAGGACGUCCCCACCUUGUCAUCUCGUCUCCUCUGCAGCUACAGCUGCUCCUCUCGUGAUCUGCUAAUCUACGUUCUUCCUAGCUACACACAGUGCAUAGUGCCUCCCCCAAAGAAAUUGUCAUGUAACCCAGACAUACAGAUCUAGACUAGUACUGAAAUAACAAAUCGUGAAAAUGCAUGCAUUAAUUUUUUUUUUCCCCUGCUACUCUUUCACAAAGCCCCUCUGGCCAGCUUCUCAGGUCUAGCUGCUAUCAGCGUUCAAGCCCUGGUUUGGUUCAAGUACCCCUCUUUCAUCCCUCUCUUCUGCAAGAAGAAAAUCUUAAUUUCUGGAGCUACACCAAAAAAUAGGAGCCGAAAAAAUCUAUAAAGUGGCCAGAUGUUGUUCCUCUCUGCUUCUGCUUGUCAGGAGAUGCAUGUCUCAUGGCUCUGCUGUUCUCUUCACCGAUCCAGUCAAGAGGAAAUAGCCAAGAAUCCAGCCACCAGCCAACUUUGCAUUGGGAAAUGGCUUCAUGAGAGGCCACACAUUUAAAUAAGCGCUGCAGAGGGCUGGGAAGCAGGAUGGAGGUCGUGGUUCUCACUCACAGCGUGACAGACAUCCUUAACACGAGGAAAAUAUUCUGAAAGUAAUCGCUGCCACACAACACAAGCUGCAGCCACCACAAGCUGGCUCUAGCAUCCCAAAUAGGAAUUGUCACGUUUGAGGAUCAAAUCAGGGCUGUCCUUCACUCAGGGUGCCCUUCAUCUGAGGUCAGAGUUAGUUGUUGGGUGAGGAUUACGUAAGAGGCACAGAUGAAGGGAACCAAUGAGGAAAUGGCUGUGGGUAGCUCUGACUUCUGAUAACGAGGAUUUCUUUGUCUUACAGGCGUCCACAGGGGCCCUGGAACAUUUGGACGCAUUAAGAAGCUGUUUCUGUCUUCCUGGCCAAAAUGAUGGGUCCCUGGAAGCAGCAGAGGCCGCCCCCGCCCGAGGGAAGCAUGUUCCGGCUGAUGAGGGAUGGCGAGCCGGAGGACCCCAUGUUUGCCAUGGACCCUUUUGCCAUCCACCGGCAGCACAUGAACCGCAUGCUUUCUGGAAGUUUCGGGUUCGGCCCGCUCCUUGGCAUCACUGAUGGGACCACACCUGGGGCUCGCCAGGCUGGCCGUAGGAUGCAGGCAGGAGCUGUUUCACCCUUUGGGAUGCUCGGCAUGGCAGGUGGCUUUAUAGAUAUGUUUGGGAUGAUGAACGACAUGAUUGGAAACAUGGAGCAUAUGACAAGUGGUGCUAACUGCCAGACAUUUACCUCCUCAACUGUCAUCUCCUAUUCCAACCUGGGUGAUGGGCCCAAAGUCUAUCAGGAGACCUCAGAGAUGCGUUCAGCACCUGGUGGGAUCCGUGAGACUAGACGGACCGUAAGGGACUCGGACAGUGGCUUGGAACAAAUGUCGAUUGGACACCACAUCAGGGAGCGGGCCCACAUCAUGCAGCGGUCCCGGAACCAUCGCACGGGUGACCAGGAGGAGAGGCAGGACUACAUCAACAUGGAUGAAAGUGAUGCAGCCGCGUUUGAUGACGAGUGGAGGCGAGAGACAUCCCGUUUCCGGCCGCAGCGAGGGCUGGAUUACCGACGUCAUGAAGGCAGCAGUGGCCGUCGGGCUGAAGGGACUCGUCUUGCGAUCCAGGGCCCUGAGGAUUCUCCCUCCAGACAGUCCCGUCGGUAUGACUGGUGAACCCAGAGCAGACCUUGUGGGGGGUGCAGCGUGGCCACCCCCAAAUCUACCUACACGCUCUUGUACAGACAGUGAAACUCUGAAGCCCCUUCAAAGCACCACUUGGACCCUCCUCAAAUUUAGUAUUAACCUCCCUCCCACUUAAGAAUUGAAACAAAGCAACUAAUCUUCUGCAUUGCUCUUUUUUGCCCCAUUUGGGUGCUGCAGUGGGGCGUGGGGAAUCUCACUGAUGUGCAAGGAACGCAUUAAUUGCCCAUUCCCUUUCUGCUCUCCCUUGGUUCUGUUCUUUCUGCCAGUAGUGGUGGGCAUGAGGAGCUGCCACCUUGCCUCUUCCAUCCUUUCCACUCUUUCUGUGCUGGGUUGGGCUGGUUCUGAAGUUUGUGUUUAGUCCCCUGUGAAAGAAAUAUGAGGGAAUUCUGCUAGAACCCCGUGUCGGUCCCCUCACCGGGACAGAGGCUUCCAUUCCCCUCCUGCUCCUUGGUGCAGCUAUGGAGAAGCAGAAGGAUGUGUGCGUUAGAGAAGGGAGAAGCAGAACAAAAGCUGGAUCAGCCUGUGGGCCCCCCCCGCCGACCCCUCUUCAAUCAGCUCCCCCACUUUUUUAAUUUGUGAAACUUGUAACUAGAUGUUUACUGAAUAAAGAAACAAACUGU